CUCCAGGUCCGUCUAUCGACGCUUGCUCAUUGACGGUCCUGUCACAGGUCUAAGGCCCCGCUACAAUUCCCACUCCCUCGCCAUGGUCAGAUACGAGGCUCUCGACACAGAGGAGAACCUAUCUCUCCUGGAACCUUCUGAAGAGGGUCCCUCGAAGCCUUCGAAGUACACGAAACGCGUCUCUCUUUUCUCUACCCUCAUCUAUAACCUUCGUCGUCUUUCCGCCACGGUUUUCCUGGUAAUAAUCGCGGUGGUGUUGGUGGUUCUCUGGCGGAUUUUCAUGACAGUUGAAGAACUUGAAGAAAUGUCACCCGAGCCAGGAAAUUCUAAUGUGGGUAGUGUGUUUGACGAGAGUCGAUGGGCACCGAAACAUCGAGAUAUUCAAUGGAGUACGCAAGGGUCUUCACAAGUGUAUAUAUAUCUCGACCAGAACGAGAGCUUCGUUGCUACAGACGUUACAAAGAAUGAAACGCGGGUUCUGGCGUACUCGUACUGGUUAAAAGAUAGUUCCGGAAAUCCUCUUUUGUUCAAGGAUUGGCGUUUUUCUCCCAGUAUGAGAUUUGUUUUGGUCAAGGCGAAUGUCGCGAACCGUUGGCAUAGAUCAAAAUUCGGGAACUAUUAUAUCUACGACUUGGCCAUAAACUCGACCUUUCCCUUGACUGAGCCUACAGCUGCUCCUUCCACAAUCACAGCCGUAUGGGCACCCACCGAGGAUUCAAUUGCUUUUGUGCAUAACAACGAUCUUUACUAUGGUUCUUAUCCAUUCGAAAGGAAUGACACGAGGCGCGUCACGUACAGCGGUUCGAAUUCGAUAUUCAACGGCGUCGGGGAUUGGAUAUACGAGGAGGAAGUACUCUUUGAAGAUCGGGCACUAUGGUGGUCACCGGAUUCGCGUAAAAUCGCUUUCCUCUCGUUCAACGACUCUGAAAUUGAAACAUACACUUUGCCUACAUAUACUCCGCCAGCCGAUUAUCAAGGAAUGCGAUGGCAUUCUCUUGAUGUCGGUUCGCUUCACUAUCCUUUACCAGGCGGAAAGAAUCCUGUUGUAGAAGCCCAUAUCAUCGCUAUCGACUCGCCUGAUCAUGUGGUGUCUCUAUCAAGGUCUACGGAGUUUUCGGUUGACUCUGUCUUGUUCGAGGUGGCUUGGACCACUUCCGAUAUGCUUCUCGUAAAGGAGAUGAGCAGAGAUGCGGUGAGAGGACAAGUGCUCAUGUUUAACUGGACACAGUUGGUUCCGAGUCGACCACAGCUCGAAGGGGAAGUAGUCCGUCAAGUAGAUCUCAAGCCAGGUUGGAUCGAGUGUGAACAAACGAUAUUUCCUCUGCCAUCGACGGUUCUAGGUCUUUCGGCAUAUCUGGACAUUGUGGAGGACCGUGAAGGGUACAAGCAUAUUGCAGUAUUUGAGUCUUCACGAUCCUCGGAGCCCUACUUCAUAACCCAAGGCAAAUGGGAGGUUACGGGAAAGCUUCUUGGUGUGAACGAAGAACGUAAAACUGUUUACUUUCAGGCCGCAUACCCCACGUCCAUCCAGAGAAGCAUACUAUCAGCAAAUAUUAUCGAAAAACAGAAUAUUAUCGAAAAACAUGUCUCUGUAACACCGAUAGCUGAAGACGGCUACUACCGAGCCGAUUUUUCGCCAUCUUCAGAUUAUCAUCUGUUGAGUUACGAAGGACCAGGCAUUCCGUGGCAAAAAAUCAUGACCGCCGAUGGAGAUCGUCCCUUGUACACGCUGGAGGACAACGAUCAUCUGAGAACCAUUCAAGCAACAGAAGAGGUGCAUUUUCUGACGAACAGUUAUGAUGGUUUUGACUUCAACAUCAAAGAGAUACGGCCGCCGAACAUGGACACCUCGGGGGAAACCAAAUAUCCAGUGCUAUUUACCGUUUCGGGGGCUCCGUCUAGCCAGAUCGUCAAUCUUAUGUUUCGCAGGGAUUGGAACUCGUAUGUGACGCAUAAACUGCGAAGUAUCGUCGUAAUGAUGGACGGAAGGGGUACGGGAUACCAAGGACGAAAUCUGAGAAGCCCUGUGAAGAACCGACUUGGUCGUUGGGAAGCACGGGAUGCCAUAAAUGUUGCAAGAGCAUGGUCAUCACGUCGAUAUGUCGAUUCUUCUCGUAUCGGCAUUUGGGGCUGGUCCUACGGUGCCUAUGUCGCACUGAAGGUCCUCGAGGCAGAUGCUGGUUUUCAUUCCCUUGUGAUGGCCGUCGCGCCCGUGGUGAACUGGAGAUUGUAUGAUUCUGUGUUCACUGAACGAUACUUGGGCCGCCUAGAGUCCGAGACGUACGCCUCAUCGUCAGUGCAGAAUGUGUCAUCAUUCAGCCGUGCCCAUCUCCUUUUUGUCCACGGGACCGCAGAUGUGAAUGUUCAUUACGACCAUUCGGUUCAUCUGCUUCGGAUGUUGGCAGAUGCGGGUGUCAGUAAUUUUUGGUUCAAAUCGUUUCCAGAUGCGUGGGUUUUCUUCCUAUUCUUUUACCUUCUCCGGUGCUCCACUCAGCUUUUUUUUACAGUGAUCACGCAAUGAGAGGUUCCUAUCGGGAGCUUUUCGAGUUGAUGGAGAAAUUCCUACACGAAAAGUGGAAUAUCGACUAGUCAUAGACAACUCCAUGGCAUCGAGGGGUGUCAGAAAUCAGGCUCCUUCUAUACUUUGAUGAACCUACUAAGAUUUGAGUAUCGAGCACUUGUCCCUUCGUAGACCAACCCGAAUUCGGAGCGAAAACCCAAGAAAUGGCAUAUAUUUCAUUUGAUUGAUUGCUCUGCUUUGA